UGAAACUGUUUCAUUUCCUCGAUACAGUGAAUCAUCGGGUUUACUGCCAGUAAUAUUUAGUGAGGCUGGAAUCGAGGCUCCUGUGCUCAGCGUUGUCGACAUCGACUGACAGUAUGGCUUCUGAUAACGAUAACGAUGUUAAAGAGCAUCUCAUCGAAUGCUAUAGGCAGAGGUUGCGACAGCUUAUCAAAGUGGAUCAGGUUCUGGAUCAUAUACAUUUUAUCGAACCCGGCCAAAAGGAGCAGAUCAGACAGAAGGCGAGGACCGAUGGUGACUCUGCGGCCACGGAUCAACUUAUUUCCGCAGUUAUAGCGAAGCCACAUGUCGAUGGCUGGUUCACGGCAUUUGUUGACGCGUUGAUAAAUGGAGGUUGUGAAUUUGCAGCGGAAUACAUGAAAGUCAUUCCCCCAGAGCCUGAAGUGGAGGCCGAACAUGAUCAACGUGUCAAGCUCAUUCAAUUGCUCUCACCAAGUCUUAUGGACAUGAAGACUGAAGAUGUGCGCGUUGAAUGUUUCUCUCGAGGCCUCCUCACCCUGGAGGAUAGUGAGAUUAUUAAAGCCGCAACAACAAACCAAGGAAACAUGGGUGGAGCCCGUGAACUUCUGAGGUAUAUCGUGAGAGGUCGAAGAGGAUGGUUUUCUGAGUUUCUCGAGAUUCUGCGUAAAACUGAACACCUGCACCUGUACGAGCUGACUGGAGGGUCACCUGACUCUGACAAGAAAGGUACCGAGGAGAAACUGCCUUCAAUGAAAGAUGAAACUGAAGCUCCAGCAGGGGCCGAACGCCGUGAUAGCCUACAGACAUUUGACAUCAACUUUAAGGAGGAAUCUCAGGGUGAAGCAGACCUGUACGAAGGAGCUCCCUCUGAAUCCAGUCAACAGCCAAAAAGCUUGACGCCCUCACAACCAGUUUUAGGAGCAGCGGCUGGAGGCUCGGAAAAAGCUGAAAUUGUUCUUCGAGAUUAUCAGAUGGACGUCGCUAGACCUGCCUUGGAGGGGAAAAACAUCAUCGUAUGCCUCCCGACAGGAAGUGGUAAAACCAGAGUUGCAGUUUACAUUACCAAAAAACAUCUGGACUGCAGGAGGGCAGAGGGGAGUUCAGGGAAAGUGGUCGUCCUGGUGAACAAGGUUCCUCUUGUUGAGCAGCAUUACUCUGCAGAGUUCUUGCCAUUUUUGAAGCCGGCGUAUAAAGUGGAGAGAGUCAGUGGAGACUGCCAGCUCAAAAUCUCAUUCACAGAGAUAGUGAAGAAAAAUGACGUCAUCAUCUGCACUGCCCAGAUCCUUGAGAAUUUCUUGGAGAGGUCUAACAAAGGAGAGGAUGAAGGGGUGGAGUUGAGCGCUCUGACACUGAUCGUAAUAGAUGAGUGUCACCACACUCAGAAAGGAGAAGUCUACAACCACAUAAUGAUGCGCUAUCUGAUGCAAAAGCACAAGAACAAAAGGCUGAAAAAAGAGCAGAAGGAGCCCAUGCUCCUCCCUCAGAUCCUGGGCCUGACCGCCUCACCGGGUGUUGGGGGUGCCACAAAAAUGGUGAAAGUUGAGGACCACAUACUGCGCAUUUGUGCAAACUUGGAUGCUUCCAGAAUCAUGACGAGGGACCUCGGGGAGUUCCAAAGGGAACCAAGGAAAAACAAUCUACCUGUUGAAGACAGAAAAGAGGAUCCCUUUGGGGAUGUAAUCAAGAACAUCAUGAAUUCCAUUCAGACACAUGCCGAGCUGAGCCCCACCUCUGACUUUGGCUCUCAGAAUUAUGAACAGUGGGUUGUUCAAAAAGAGCGGAUAGCUGCAACAGAGGAAAAUCAGAAAGUGCGGAUUUGCUCUGAGCACCUUCGACAGUACAACGAGGGCCUGAAUCUCAGCCACACCAUUCGCAUGCAGGAUGCUUUCAGUUUCCUGAACAAAUACCACGAGGAGGAGAUACAGAAAAAAACAACACCAGACGACGAGCAUGUCAUCGAAAAAACAGUGACGGAGAUAUUCCUUUCCAAUCUGUUUGGAGAGAAGAAGGAAGAGCUGCAGCAACUCGCAUCGAAGCCAGAGUAUGAAAAUGACAGCCUGUCGCAACUAAGAUGUCAAAUUCUGCGCGAGUUCAGCAGCAGGAAGGAGGCCAGAGGGAUCAUUUUCACCAAAACACGUCGCAGCGCCAUUGCUCUAAGUCAGUGGAUUCAGGAAGACCCCAAGUGUGCUGAUGUUGGAGUGAAAGCCGCAUAUGUGAUCGGGGGAGGAGACCAGAGUGUUGUUAAGCCAAUGACCAAUACAGAGCAAAGGGACGUACUGAACAAAUUCCGCAAUGGUGAAGUCAACGUGCUGAUUGCCACCACCGUCGCAGAGGAGGGCUUGGACAUACCAGCGUGCAAUUUUGUUAUCCGCUACGGCCUUGUGACCAAUGAGAUUGCUAUGAUUCAGGCUAAAGGCAGAGGGAGAGCUGAGGACAGCAGUUACACUCUGGUCGAUGUGAAGAACUCUGGGGUGGCCGAGAAGGAGUGUGUCAAUGAGUACCGCAUUACCUUGAUGAACAAAGCCAUUACCAAAAUCGGAGCCUUAAAUCAAGCGGAAUAUGACAAACGGAUCUCCGAGAUUCAGAUUCAGGCUAUAGUAGAGGACAGGCUGAGAACGAGGAAGAAGGAGCAGAAACGCAUGCAGCAGCAGAAGGGUGAAGUGAAGUUUAGCUGCCGAGGCUGCAGCAAACACAUCUGCACAGGCGACGACAUCCAGAUCAUCGAAGGCAUGCACAGAGUCAAUGUUACACCGGAGUUCAGUGAACUUUUCAUCCCGAAAGAAAAUUCUCCAAAUGAACAAAGUGAAGACAAAUACUACAUAGCAUGCAAGAAGUGCGGGCAGAGAUGGGGCUCCAUGAUGCUCUACCGAGGGAUCGAUUGCCCCAGCAUCCAUGUGAAAAACUUUGUGGUGUCUUUCAACGGAGAGAAGAAAAGCAAAUGCACUAAGUGGAGUGAGCUCCCCAUCAAGUUUCCCAACUUUGACUACAAUGAACACGCGAACCGGAUUGUAGAGAGCUACGAUGACGAAUCAUGAAGAUGAAUGAAUCACACCUAUGUAGACUCAUUUUCCUGUUGUAUUCUUAUCUUUGGCUAAUGCAACACUUCCUACGAGUGCUACAAUGUCAUGAUAACUGGAGUCUCUGAUAGUUGUGGAUUUAAGCAUGUGCUACAAAACAUGAAUUAGAACUGUUGGUGUAUGGGAUACUAUAUAAUAUAUGUGCAUGUUGUGUGCAUCACUGAUAUAUAAUAAACUGGAAAAUAUGAUUUUCGUCUCAAACCCCUGUGGUCUCCGGAGAUUGGAGCCACUAAGCCUGUGAUAGCCCCUCAGAGCCCACCUGUCAACACGCAUGCAGACAAACAAGUGCUGCUGGUGAUGUUCCAUUAAAUCCAAUCGUUGAGCCAAUCACAGCUGCUAUAUUUUUAGAACUAUUUUAAAGAAAUUGUUUCCACCUACAGAAAGACACCCGAGUGAUCAAAUCUUCCGGGGCGUGCACGAUCAUGCAAGUUGUAUGUACGGGUCAUAGAGAUAUAAAACUGUGUUCACCAUCUGGCGUGUCCUUUUAUUAUUUUUUUAAUUGCAUUUAUCUUCGAAAUAAUUCAUUCACAUUAUAAUAAAAAAAACUGUUCCCCACUAA